UUUCUUCUUUGCCUUUCUGUUUUACAUAAUCACGAGGAGAGAGAGACAAGCCAAGGAUUGAGGCGGUGGCGAGGAAUAAAAAAGCUCCGGCGAACCGUCAUUUCUUGUCUCCCCUGCUCGCGUGCUUGCCACGAGCUCCGUCGCCGUUAUAUUCUGUUGUGUGGUGCUUUAGCGCAUAGAAGAUACAACCUUGAGCUGGACUACAGCAGGCAUCAUGGCAAGAGCCUUAUCGAAUCAUCUCCUCAAGGGCAUUACAGGGUCCCCAGCAGGAUGCUCUAAUAGAAUGGUAUCUGCAUUGUCUAUUCAAAGAGGAAUGAGAUACUCUACAACUGUACCAAAUGACCCUGACACACAUGAUGACUUCAAACCUAUGGAUAAGUUUCAGGACUCUACCACUUCUUUAAAGGAUGUUGUUGAACAGGAUGUCAAGGAAAAUCCUGUGAUGAUAUACAUGAAAGGGGUCCCUGAGUUUCCGCAGUGUGGGUUCAGCUCUCUAGCUGUAAGAGUAUUGAAACAUUACAAUGUUCCAUUAAGUGCUAGGAAUAUUUUGGAAAAUGCAGAGCUGAAAAGUGCUGUGAAAGCUUUCAGCCACUGGCCUACUUUCCCCCAGAUAUUCAUCAAGGGGGAGUUCAUUGGAGGUUCUGAUAUUAUUUUGAGUAUGCACCAAAGUGGAGAGCUAAAGGAGAAGAUCAAGGAUAUUGCAGCCAACCAGGAAAAGUCUGCUUAAGUAAUACAUGGCUGAUUAGAGAGAAAAGGAAAUUUGGGGUGGGUUUGGUUUUCCUUCAACCAUUGCCGUUCUUCUAGUUUCGGUGCUUUGUGAUGAUCAUCGAGAGUGUACCAAUGAACUUACCUUUAAUAAUUGUGUCCUUAUCCCUGACUUCUGCGUCGAAAUAAUGUAGCUUCUAUUGUGAGUUAUAUAGCAAAAGUUGCAUGGCCAAUACUUGCAGCAGGUCAGAGUGGUCAUGUAGUAAUUUUGCUACUGCUUUUUUUUUUUAGUGCAAAAUUGAUGCAUUGUCUAUGGCCUCUGUAAUUAAUUUUCCCUGGCUGAAUCUAUCAGGGUAGAGCUGAAA